UCAGUCUAAGUGUAUCUGCAUUUCUGUUUCAGAGAGCAGGUCAGAAAGUAUCCAAAGUUGUCGUUGGACUACUGGCACUUGCAUGGAUCUUCACAUUUACAACACUGUUUCUUGCUGCUGCUGAGGAAAUGACAUGGCUACAGUUCUUAUUCUGCUUCUCUUACAUUAAGUUAGCAGUCACACUGAUAAAAUAUUUUCCACAGGCAUACAUGAAUUUCCGUCGGAAGAGUACUGAGGGAUGGAGUAUUGGAAAUGUAUUACUAGACUUCACUGGUGGAAGCUUCAGCCUUCUCCAGAUGUUUUUGCAGUCAUACAACAAUGAUGAAUGGAAGUUGAUCUUUGGAGAUCCAACCAAGUUUGGCCUGGGUGUCUUCUCCAUCAUCUUUGAUACUGUUUUUAUGAUCCAGCACUACUGCCUUUACAGAAGACGGGGGUAUGAACCUUGUGAAUAACAUCACUUGUGAAGACAAAAAACUUAAAUGGAACUUGCCCCUACCCUGGCUGAGGGAUUU